AUGGCACAGGGAGUCGAGUUUGACCAACGGACCACCUCAUUCUUGAGUUGGUUCAAGAGCCUUGAAGGGGCUUCCUUCUCCGAUGCAAUCCAGAUUGUUGACCUACGAUCCAAAAAUGCUGGUCGGGGUAUUGUGGCCACGCAGGAUAUUCCUGCAGACACGACGUUGUUUGAAAUCCCAAGAAGGGCCAUCAUCAAUGUACAGACAUCGGACCUUCCCUCUAAGCUCCCUGGAGUGUUCGACCCAGAAUCGGAAGCCAUGGAUGUGGACGGCGGUGUCUCCCCUCAAUUGGACAGCUGGAGCUCGCUCAUCCUCAUUAUGAUUUACGAGUUCUUUCGUGGGCAAGAAUCACAGUGGAAGCCUUACUUUGACGUUCUCCCUGAGGAAUUCAACACGCCCAUGUUCUGGUCUGGUUCGGACCUGGACGCACUGCAGGCGAGUGCCACGAGAGGCAAGAUUGGCAAGAGCGAGGCAGAGGAAAUGUUUCGCAGCCAGCUUCUACCGGUGAUUCGCAGCAAUCAAGGCGUUUUCCUGUCGAGCGAGGCUCGCACCGACGAGGAGCUCAUUGGGAUUGCGCAUCGUAUGGGCAGCACGAUCAUGGCAUAUGCUUUCGACUUGGAGAAUGACGACGACCGGGAGGAUGAGGAAGAGGAUGGGUGGGUUGAGGACCGAGAUGGGAAGUCGUUGAUGGGCAUGGUCCCAAUGGCUGACAUUCUGAAUGCCGAUGCUGAAUUCAACGCAAAAAGCCUGACCGCCACAUCUCUGCGGCCAAUCAAAGCUGGGGAGGAGAUCCUAAACUACUAUGGGCCUCACCCAAGCUCAGAACUUCUUCGGCGAUAUGGCUAUGUCACGGAGAGACAUGGUCGAUACGAUGUUGUCGAAAUCCCGUGGGGCGUUGUUGAGGAGGCACUGGCAGCGCAGCUUUCUGUGCCUGGGGACGUCAUCUCAGCGUGCAAAGAGAAGUUGGAUGAGGAGGAAUUGGAAGACGUGUUUGUUCUUGAGCGUGACUCUGGGGAACCCAACUCAGAUGGCACCUUUGCGGGCCCCGCUGAGCUGAAGGAGAUGCCAGGUGACCUGCAAGAGCAGGUGAAAGCAUUCCUCAAGGGCAUCAAGAAGCUGAAACCCGACCUGAUCCCUGACAAGCGAAAACGUGACGAGAUCCUCAGUGAUGUCAUGUUGAACUCGCUGCAACUACUUGAAUCACGGUACCCAACCUCGUACAUCGAGGAUAAGAUUCUAUUGAAGAGGACGGAUCUAUCGGAUCGUCUUCGCAUGGCGGUGGAGGUUCGACUUGGAGAGAAGCAACUUAUCCAGGAAGCCAAGGCACUCUUCCAGUCGUCAUCGAAUGAAAAUGCGGGAAAGCGGUUGAAAACAUCCACGUGA